GUGUUAAAAAGGACUUUUUCUACUUAUCAUACUUUGGGAAGUAAAGCAAAAAGGCGUAAGAAGCAACCAAUCGUAUGAAAUAAGCUACUGUUUGCACACGAACAUUGAAUUCAAAGGAUCGGAUCGAAUCGAAUCGAAACGAAGAAGAUGAAGAUCACUGUAAUGACUGCAGAUGAACAAAUCGUCACUCUAGACGUCGAUCGUGACGAAUCCGUCGAGAACUUGAAAGCUCUACUUGAAGUUGAGACACAAGUGCCGCUUCAGCAACAGCAACUGCUAUAUAAUGGAAGGGAGAUCAAGAAUGCGGAGAAAUUGAGUGCUGUUGGUGUUAACGAUGGAGAUUUAGUCAUGAUGGUCUCGCGUGCUUCUUCUAGUGCGUCUACUGCUGACUUGAGCUUCAAUUCAGAUGGGUCUGCUGUAAACCCGGCAGCCUUCCAGCAGCAAAUCCGACGUGAUUCUAAUACGAUGGCACAACUAUUUCAGGCUGAUCCUGAACUUGCUCAAGCUAUUAUUGGAAAUGACCUCAAUAAACUGCAGGAUAUUUUAAGGGAGCGACAUAGCCAAAAAUCUGAAUUACGACGUCGACAAGAAGAGGAGCUAGCACUUCUCUAUGCAGAUCCUUUUGACGUAGAAGCACAGAAGAAAAUUGAAGCUGCAAUUCGCCAGAAAGGUAUUGAUGAGAACUGGGCAGCUGCUCUUGAACACAAUCCUGAAGCUUUUGCAAGGGUGGUCAUGUUAUAUGUUGACAUGGAAGUCAAUGGUGUCCCUUUGAAGGCGUUCGUUGAUAGUGGUGCUCAGUCAACAAUCAUAUCUAAAAGCUGCGCUGAGCGCUGUGGAUUGUUGAGGCUUAUGGAUCAACGUUAUAAGGGCAUUGCUCAUGGGGUUGGUCAAUCGGAGAUAUUAGGUCGGAUUCAUGUUGCUCCAAUCAAGAUUGGGAAUGUGUUUUACCCUUGUUCCUUCGUGGUUUUGGAUUCUCCUAAUAUGGAUUUCCUUUUUGGGCUGGAUAUGCUUCGUAAGCACCAGUGCAUAAUUGAUUUGAAGGAGAAUGUCUUGAGAGUUGGUGGAGGAGAGGUUUCAGUACCCUUUUUGCAAGAAAAAGACAUUCCAACUAAUUUUCUGGAUGAAGUUGCAAAGCAAGCCUCAAGCUCUGGAGCACAGGCUACAUCUGGAACAAGAGAGAAUAGCAGAACACAAACUGAGGGUAGUGCGCCUAACCGGUCACAGGGACCUGAAUUUGAAGCCAAAGUUACAAGACUGAUUGAGCUAGGGUUUGGAAGAGAGGCAGUCGUACAAGCUCUAAAAUUUUUUGAUGGUAAUGAAGACCAGGCUGCUGGGUAUCUCUUUGGGGCCUAAAGGUGGUUUUUGUCUUUGUGAGUUUUGUGGACCAAAACUGGUUUCCACAGCGAACUUUUUGAUAAAAAAAAAGAGAGAAAAAAAACAUUUGUGUCUCUCUCUCAACAUUCAUUGGGCCUGUGAUAGUACCUGCUUACGAAGUGUUGUAUUUUGAAUGUGAAUUAAUUUAUAUUUAAGAUUUUUGAGAGCCUA